AUGUGCUCUACACUCGUGUCUGCCACCGAUGAAGGGGGAAUUGCAGAUUUAGCGACCCUACAGGCUCGGGGAUUUGCAGCUUUUAGAUCUGCGUGUCGUAAACCACGGAUGCAUCUGUCAUCGUGCAUGUUUAACACUACACCUUCAAAUCCAGCGAACUUCAAGUUCGUCCUGGAGCCUGUGAGCAUGCCAUUCAAGAUGCGCUUUGAUGUAAAAGCCAGUGGGGAUGCUGCUAUUGUACUGGCAGAGAACAAGACACUUGCCUCAACAUUUGCUCAGAUCAGUAUCGGAGGUUGGUCAAACACAAAAUCAGCCAUAAGAGCAUGUAACGAACCGUGUGAUAUACAAGUAGAAGAUGACGAACGUGGUCUCCUAAACGAGACAGAAUACCGCCCCUUCUGGCUAGAGUAUAACGUGGGCGUAGUGACUGUCGGAAAAGGAAGCCAGAGUGAGGGUUUCUUGGAAUGGGAUGCUGGAUCUUUUCAUUCUAAAAUUCACUCUCAAGUCUAUGUUGGUAUAUCAACACAUGAACGCGUAAGUGGAUCUUGGGUGUUCUACAACCAUUGCGAGUAG